AUGAAACCCAAUCUUCUAACCGCUGAUUCCUUUCUUAUUUUCAAUUCCUUAACUCCACUAACAAGGAAUUCAAUUCCAUUUCCCAGAAAUUCAAUUCUACUCCCCAAACAUUUUCUGUCCAUAAAAUCCCCAUACCCCAACUCCUCUAGUCCUUCUCGUUUAAUUCCAAUUUGCUCUUCUUCAAAUCCUACUAGAAAGCUAUCCAAUUCCACUAAUGAAGAAGUGUCAUUGAAUUCAAAUGUUGAAGUUCUUGGUGCAGGUGAAUUGGAGAGGAAUUUGAAUGUCCAAGUCGGGAAUCCUAUUGUUCCCUCUUAUAUUCAGUCAUGGACUAAGCUUAGUUUGAGUGAUCAAGCUUUCUUUCUCUUAUCUUUUAUUGCUUGCACGGCUUAUGAAGGUGUUGUUAGAUUGUUUAGAAUUGGGAAUUCUAUACUGUUUUUACUCCUCUAUUGGUAUUUCAUUUAUAACGUGACUUCUAUAGCAUUUACAAGCCUUGUUGUUGCUGCUGUUCCAACACUCUAUAUGAAUCUAUUUGCUCAGUAUGUUAGUAAGAGUAGAAUGCUGGUGGUAGCAGCAAUAAUCAAUAGUAGUAGCUUUUGCAUUGUGAUGCAUCAGUCAGUUGCUUUAAUGGCAAUGGGGAGAGCAGCAAUAUCCCUUUCAAAGCUAGCAGAUACAGCUCGCGAGGAACUGCCCAGUACAAUGGCUGCAAUUAGGCUUUCAGGCAUGGAAAUAAGUGAUCUUACUUUGGAAUUAAGUGAUUUGAGCCAAGAGGUAACUGAUGGGGUCAAUAAAUCAGCUCAAGCAGUUCAAGCAGCAGAAGCUGGAAUUCGACAGAUCGGUUCACUUGCUCACCAACACACUAUGUCUAUGAUUCAAGAGAGGGCUAGCUUGCCAAUCAUCUCCCUGCAGCCAGUUGUCGCCGGUGCUGCAAAGAAAACUUCCCGUGCUGUUGGUCAAGCCACCAAGACCAUCAUGAACAUUAUAUCACGAGGAGAAUUCAAUUCAGAGAAUGAAGAUGGAAGUGGCAUUGAUAGGGUGGAAAUAUAA